AUGCUGAUUUCAAGCGCAAGCCAUCUUUUGUCACUCGCCAUCCUCUCCCUUCCGGCCACAGCUGGAUAUCUGCAGCAAGAUGUUGCUUCUUUUCCCCCAGUGAACCUGGGAUAUGCCACCCAUGUUCCGACAUACAUCAAUGUGACCUCCAACGGCCUCAAGCAUGCAAACUACAACAACAUCCGGUUUGCUCAGCCUCCUGUCGGAGCCUUGAGAUUCAGGCGCCCGAAAACUCCUCCACUAAGAGAACAUGGGGUCAAGAACGGUUCUGCUCCCAUGUUUGCAACGGACUGUGUAAGCGCCAUUCCCAACAUAUUUCCACCACAGGGCCUCCCAUCAAGGUCGUGGGGACAGGAGGACUGCUUGUUCCUCAACGUCAGGGUUCCUGAGGGAGUUAAGGAGGGUGAUAAUGUUCCAGUGGUUCACUGGAUACACGGCAGUGGAUAUGCCUACGGAAGCAAAGACCUCCACAGGAUCAGUGGAGAUGGAAGCGGUCUUUUCGAGGACAUGGACCGCGCGUCCCAGAAGUUCAUUUACGUUGCAAGUAACUACAGAAUGGGGCUAUACGGCUGGAGUUCCUCUCCUUUCGAAGAUACAGACGCCAAUGUCGGCCUGCAUGAUACCCUAGCAGCAUUGCAAUGGACCCGUAAAUACGUAUCAAAGUUCGGUGGUGAUCCGCGAAGAAUCACAGCGUUCGGAGAGAGUGCCGGUGCCGGGAUGCUUGAUCUUUUACUUAUUGCCAAAGACGGUAAAGAGGAUCUUCCCUUCAAUAAGGCAUUCAUCGCAUCCCCAGCCAUCUGGCCGCGCAAAGAUCCAAGUCGUCGACAGGCGGUUUUCGACUCUGUUCUCAAAGCAUCGAACUGUGAUUCUGCUGACUGCCUGAGGAAUCUGUCCGAGGAGGACCUAUUCAAAGCAAACGAAUACCUCCUUGUCAAUGUAACAGACGGCAAGACUGGUGCCUUAGGCCCAGGUCCUGGAUUUACACCCGUCGUGGACGGUGAAUAUAUCACUGAUCUUGUUUUGACCGUCUUAGAGAGAGGAGGCUAUAACAAGAGAGUUUCACGAGUUGCCGCUAGCAAUAUGGCCCUUGAGGGUCUAGGGCAGGCACCGCCAGACCAUAUGCCAGAGAUAUUCCCUUAUCUAGUUCGUGGAACAAUACCUCAUGCAUCUGACGAGACGAUCCAGAAGAUACAGUCACUCUAUACGUACCCUGCAGAUCUCCCUGCUAAACUUGGCUGGGAUUGGGUGACUGAUAUAACAUACGCCUGCAACGCUUAUUAUACCGCAAAAGCAUAUGCACCCAAGGCUCAGAGAUAUGUCAUGUCAGUUCCACCAGCAAUACAUGCACUAGACCAAAGCUAUUAUUUUUAUCAAGAUAAUACCACCACUCCGGUCACUAAUGUUAACCUCGCAAGGGAAUUCCAGGAACAUAUGCGGCGAUAUAUUACCGGCGGAAAGAAUUUAAGAAAAUUUACUAAUCUUAUAGACUUCCCGACAUAUGGGCAUGAUGAAUCUAUCUUCAACGUUACCCUUGACGGAUGGAAAAAGGAAAAAGAUCCGUGGGAAGUUGAUCGUCGGUGCCAGGUUUUGCAUGACAUAUUUGCUGAUCCAAAUAACGGUGCUUGA